CGCGUGUUCCCCUACAUCUCGGCCAUGGUCAACAACGGCUCGCUGACCUACGACCACGACCGCGACGGGCGGCCCACGGAGCUGGGCGGCUGCACGGCCAUGGUGCGCAACCUCAACCACGACACCUUCCUGGUCAUCCGCUACGUCAAGAGGAGGCUGACGGUCAGUUCCGUGAGGUAUCCCGGGAUUUGGGAGCCGGGGGGCGGGUAUCCCAGGAUUUGGUGACCGUUCCUUGGAUUUGGUGACCUUUCCCUAGAUUUGGUGAUCAUUUCCGGGAUUUGGUGACCAUUCCUUGGAUUUGGUGACCAUUCCCUGGGUUUGGUGACCAUUCCCUGGGUUUGAUGACCAUUCCCUGGAUUUGGGAGAUGUAGGUGACCAUUCCUUGGAUUUGGUGACCAUUCCUUGGAUUUGGAGACCAUUCCCUGGAUUUGGUGACCAUUCCUUAGAUUUGGUGACCAUUCCUUGGAUUUGGUGACCAUUCCCUGGAUUUGGUGACCAUUCCCUGGAUUUGGUGACCAUUCCCUGGGUUUGGUGACCAUUCCUUGGAGUUGGGGACCAUUCCCUGGGUUUGGGAUCUGUAUUUGGAUUUGGGAUCCCUCCCAUUUGUUUGGAAUUUCCCCCAUUUCCCUGGAUCUGCAGUGGGAAUUCCCCCGUUUCCCCGGAUCAGGAAUCCCCCGUUUUCCCCCGUUUCCCCAGAUCGGAAAUUCCCCGUUUCCCUGUAUCAGGA